AUUAGUGUAGCAACCAAAUCUUGUCAGAGAAUCUCAUUGGACAAUGGAUUUCGCGGCCUUUCUGUAGGGCGCAUGCGUUCUAUACUGUCAACGCGCGGAAUUGUACAGGGGAAGGAAUCGUUGUGAAUACUUUUUAUACGUUAUUGUCUUGCCACCUGUUUAAACAUUAUUUUAUCCUAUAACGUAAACUAACGGCACCAUGUGGAACCAAGGGGGAUCAAACAUGGGAGGUGGAUACACUCAGUCCCCGGGAGGAUUCGCAUCACCUGCUGCCUCCCAGGGAGGAGAGAAGAAAGGGAGACAACGUUCCCAACAGAUUGUCCCCUGCACAGUGUCCCAGCUCAUGUCUGCUGCCCAAGCGGAGGAUGUCUUCAAAGUGGGAGAGGUAGAGGUUGCCCAGGUUACAAUUGUGGGCAUCAUCAGAACCACUGACAAAUCCAUGACCAACAUCCAGUACAAAGUUGAUGACAUGACAGGGGCCCCUAUGGACGUGAAGCAGUGGGUAGAUACAGAGGAUCCCAGUGUAGACAGCACUGUCAUCCCCCCAGGCACUUACGUCAAGGUCUCUGGCAAUUUGCGCUCCUUCCAGAACCACAGGUCCGUGGUGGCGUUCAACGUCCGGCCCCUUCAGGACAUGAACGAGAUCACCUCCCACAUGCUGGAGGUGGUGCAGGCACACAUGCUGCUCAGCAAACCACAGACUAUUAUGAUGGGCGGAGGAGGGGGAAUGAACACUAGCAUGGUGCCCAUGUCACGGCCGGGAAUGGGUGGCAACACGGGAGGUGGAUACUCGGGUGCUAACGACAUGUCCACUAACGGCCUGAGCCCAAGCCAGAACCAGGUGCUGAGCUUGAUAAGGAGCUGUCCAGACGCACAGGGUAUCAGCACACAGAACUUGAAGCAGAGUCUCAGCGGCAUGAGCUUGGCUGUCAUCAAGCAAGCAGUGGAGUUCCUCAGCAACGAAGGACACAUCUUCUCCACCAUCGACGAGGAUCACUUCAAGUCUACUGACAAUGACGACUAAAGCAUCUCUCCAUUCCCUGUUAGCACUAAGAACAUGGUCAUAGACUUGGGACCAUUCUCAACACAGUGUGCGCUAUGAGCGGACGAUUGUGUAUAUAAGAAUAACGCCCAAAACCCUCUUAGAAUUUUAAGAUCUCAACACUCCGAAAAUAGAACCAGUAGUCAUUCAUGGAACCAUGAUUCAUGCUGAGUAACAUCAUGGGAUGUCUAUAUAAUCUGAGGGUUUCUGUGAAAUUAGGCCUUCUUGGUUAGACGGACCCAUCCUGUUUCAACAUCCGUUCUGUUAAUUAUAUUACAGUAAGAGUGGGCGCACCACAGGCCAAUGUUUUUUCUCACAGUGAAUGCAAUCUGUGACUGAUUAGUUCCUGAAUCAUUGGUAUUGGUAGUUGUCAUUUAAAAAUGGUGAACAGAAUGCAAUUCCUAUUCAGAUUUUUUUAUGUCUCUGUUUUGUUUUUGUCUCUAUUAAAACAUAUAUUUUCAGAGAAA